UACCACUGGGAUGUCGAGUGAGACUUCCGCAACUUUGCGCAUGAAUGACACGCUCUCCGCUCAUUUUUUUUCACAUAGACAUUGAAGUGAAUAAUAUUAUAUAUAAUUUUCACAACAAUAUCAAUUUUACAAUGUAUAAAAGGAUGUCGGUAGACCUUUACGGUCGAUUGGAGGUCCUCCCCUAACCCCCCUAAAAUUGCUGCUGUCCUGGCUUCGUGGACGCGGAUGAACUCACAGAGAGAACCCCGACACGGCCCUGGUGGAGGUGGACGCGGCGGGUGUACUCCAAUAGGCCAGCGGGCGUCGCUGUGGUUGACAGAGUAGCAGAUGGAGAAGAGACGGGGCCUGGCUUGGGAGAACGCCGCUCGCUUCCCAUUCUUCCUCAUACAGACUCACAACAUGGCGGUCUAGAAUGGUCGGCCGACAUGCCCGUAUUGAGCGGACUACGUGUGGAAAUUAGGCCGCCAAAUAUGCCCGGAAGAUACAUUUUAAAGCGACGAUACGCGUGGGCUUAUUGAGGAUUUUUACGUGGAGUGCGACCCGUUUUCUUGGAUUUACCACGUAAGGUGACAGCGUAGUGUUGGCGGCGUGUCCCAAAUCGAGCCUCCCUCCUCUGAUAUCGCCAGGUCCCCCACCCCGCUCUCAGUCUGGGCUCCAGAGGAGUGGAGACAGGGGCCGGGGCCGACAGCGUGGACCAGAAAGCGAACUCUCAUUCCUACUUUUCCUUGGCCUUUCCCCCCACCUUCUUUCAGAGCUGCCUCUGGGCGUUACUGGUGUCUUGAAAACUACUGUUCGGAUGAGUGACUGAGCUCAAAUUUGAAUUUUCAGGGCAGAAUGGGUGUGUGUCCCUUGCUCCUGCUGUUAGGUCUUGCCCUCAGGGUCUCAACCCAGGAUCACGUCCCGAUCACAAGUGCUCCAAAUAUUUCUGCAAUAUUGACACAACCCCCCACUCUACCUGUCAUCAACAUCACAGUUGCAUCUACAGUAUCCCCCACAGUCCCAUCCACCCCACUACCCCUUGGAAUCACACCAACGACAAUCACAACAAUAUCUACACCAGCUCCAACUGUUGGUCCUUUGCCAACGCACAGCCGAGAGACUUCCUCUCCUACCACCUCAGUCGGUAGUGAGAAUGGGACAACAGCACCCAUCCCAGACACCCCUACUACUGAAACACGUUUGCAAGAUGAUUACUCUACAAUGGAGACAGAGAGCCCUACAUCUAACGUGGGUUUCACCUCAGAUGCAAGCCCACAUGAUAACAACGCUUCUGAUGACAUGCCAAUUAUAGCGGUGAUGGUGGCUCUGUCUUCUUUAUUGGUCAUUAUUUUUAUCAUCAUCAUCCUCUACAUGCUCAGGUUUAAAAAAUACAAGCAGGCAGGAAGCCACUCGAACUCCUUUAGAUUGACCAAUGGAAGAUCAGAUGACACCGAACUCCAGAGUGUGCCACUAUUGGCCCGUUCACCCAGCACAAACAGGAAGUACCCACCCCUUCCUGUCGACAAGCUUGAGGAAGAGAUGAAUCGUCGUAUGGCUGAUGACAACAAGCUGUUCAGGGAGGAGUUUAAUGCUCUACCAGUCUGCCCUAUUCAGGCAACGUGUGAUGCAGCAUCCAAAGAAGAGAAUAAAGAAAAAAACAGAUAUGUCAACAUCCUGCCAUAUGAUCACUCCCGGGUGCAUCUCUCAUCUCUGGAAGGAGUACCAGACUCUGACUUCAUAAAUGCCUCCUUCAUAAAUGGUUACCAAGAGAAAAACAAGUUCAUUGCAGCUCAAGGACCAAAGGAGGAAACUGUAAAUGACUAUUGGCGAAUGAUCUGGGAGCAGAACACAGCCACCAUUGUCAUGGUGACCAAUCUGAAAGAGAGGAAAGAGUGUAAGUGUGCCCAGUACUGGCCGGACCAGGGCUGUUGGACAUAUGGGAACAUCCGUGUUUCUGUGGAAGACACAAUGGUUCUCGUAGAUUACACCAUCCGCAAGUUUUGCAUCCAGCAGGUUGGGGAUAUAUCUGGAAAAAAGCCACAAAGGCUUGUCACACAGUUCCACUUCACCAGCUGGCCAGAUUUCGGUGUUCCGUUCACCCCCAUUGGUAUGCUGAAGUUUCUCAAGAAAGUCAAAACGUACAACCCUCAAUAUGCUGGGCCCAUUGUCGUCCACUGCAGCGCUGGAGUAGGAAGAACAGGUACAUUUAUUGUGAUAGAUGCCAUGUUGGACAUGAUGAACACCGAGAGAAAGGUGGAUGUGUUCGGCUUUGUCACCAGGAUUAGAGCCCAGAGAUGUCAGAUGGUCCAGACUGAUAUGCAGUAUGUGUUCAUCUUCCAAGCGUUGUUAGAGCACUAUUUAUAUGGAGACACUGAGCUGGAGGUGACCUCUCUGGAGUCUCAUUUGGCUAAACUGUACGCUACUUCACCGGGAGCUGGCUGCAGUGGUUUGGAAGCUGAAUUCAAGAAACUGACAUCCAUCAAGAUCCAGAAUGACAAGAUGAGAACGGGCAAUCUGCCUUCCAACAUGAAGAAGAACAGAGUACUACAGAUCAUUCCAUAUGAGUUCAACAGAGUGAUCAUUCCAGUGAAACGAGGAGAAGAGAACACUGACUAUGUCAAUGGGUCUUUUAUUGAUGGUUAUCGUCAGAAAGAUUCAUACAUGGCUAGCCAAGGCCCCUUGCAGCACACCAUUGAGGACUUCUGGAGGAUGAUCUGGGAAUGGAGAAGCUGCUCAAUAGUCAUGCUCACUGAGCUAGAGGAGAGAGGGCAGGAAAAGUGUGCUCAGUAUUGGCCCAGUGAUGGAGUGGUGGCCUAUGGGGACAUCUCUAUUGAACUUAAAAGGGAGGAAGAGAGCGAGAGCUAUACAGUGCGUGACCUCAUGGUUACCAACAACAGGGAGAACAAGGCUCGAGCAGUGCGGCAAUUUCAUUUCCAUGGAUGGCCAGAAGUGGGCAUCCCCACUGAUGGUAAAGGCAUGAUCAAUAUUAUAGCAGCAGUGCAGAAGCAGCAACAACAGUCUGGCAACCAUCCCAUCACAGUGCACUGCAGUGCUGGUGCAGGCCGGACAGGGACAUUUUGUGCAUUAAGUACAGUCCUGGAGAGGGUGAAGGCAGAAGGCAUUCUGGAUGUUUUUCAAACGGUCAAGAGCCUCAGAUUGCAGAGACCCCAUAUGGUGCAGACAAUGGAGCAAUACGAGUUCUGCUACAAAGUGGUCCAGGAGUACAUCGAUGCCUUUUCUGACUACGCCAAUUUCAAAUAGAGACCCAGAAUGGAUAGCAACACAUCAUACUAACACCACAUGCAUGGACCAGAACACGUGAACAUCACCAUGCAGAAAGCUGCAAUCUUCCCUCUGCAGGAUUGUUUUCUUUUUCUUUUUUUUUUUAAAGUGACACAUCACAAUAUUUUUCUGUGGAUGGGAUGAACUAACUGCCUGCAGAAAAAGGGAACCAAGAUUUCAGUCUGGUCACAGGGCAGUGUAUUUUGGUCAGAGAGAGAAGUGAUGCCUUCUCAAAUAUUCUGUCACAUUGCUUUUGUUUAUAUAGCUCCUAAUGUGCUUACAUCCACAUACUGUGUUGCAUUGUUUAACUUUUAGUUCUGGACACAGUUUUGAGUUUGGCUGCAUUUUUUGGUGCCACCUGUAAAGUAUUUUAUUUCUAUACAUAUAUGAAAGUUCUAUUUGCAUAUAAAACUAAUGCUUUGGAUGUUUAUGUAAAAUAUUGCUUUUUUUAACACAUUAAGGACUGAAAAAUUGUAAAGCUUUUUGCUUUGCCAGACGUACACUGUAGUUGUGCAGUGGCAAGAGUUUAAACAGAACUUCACACUUUGAUAAAUGGCACAAGCAGAUCAAUUUGUCGUCAGACAGAAUUAGUUCCAAAAAUAAACUAAAUAUAAAAUAACUCACACCGCUUUGCUAUUCGAAUCUACAUAGCCCGAAAUACACAUAGCCAGCAAUCUGCAUUUUUUUUUUUGUUUGUUUUUUUAGGAUGUUUGCAUUUAAUAUGAAUGCUGUUGGAAAGGUCAGUCGUACAGACAGUCAAAGGAUAUUUCACUUGGUUCUACAGCUAGGGGUCCAAUCCUAUUAAAAUAUGUGGAAAAAUAAUUAAAUUAAAGGUCAGUGCUAAACUGGACUGUCGAAAUUUAAAUACAUUAUAUAUAUAUUUUUUCUAAUUUCAUCCACUGCACCUACCCUAUAUUGGCGAACAUAUUCAAACAGCUUGAUUACUCAAUCUGAUUUUGGCAUUCCCUUAGUUUCCACUGUUUAUUAAUUAUUUAUUCAUUCUACUACACUAUCAUUUUUAUGUUUUCGACUUUUGUGGGAACAUGUUUGGAAGAACCUCUGUAAAGUAUUUUCUAACAUUUUUCAGCAGUCCCAAUACUUUUGUCUGUUAGUAGUAUCCCGUUAAAAAGAGAAAACACGCACACAUGCGCACAGCAGUAUUUCUUUAAAUAUUUUGUUGAGCCUUAAUUGCUUUUUUAGCCUUUUUUUUACAGUAUCACCAGAAAGUAUUCACACUCGUUCACAUCCACAUAUUCUAAAGAUGAAUUAUAUAGUUUUCAAAUUAUGCAAUUAUAACAAAGUAGAAUCAUAAUUUCAGACAUUUGUGUGAAAAGUGACAAGGUGUGACUACUUUCAGCCAGACGUCACAAUGCUGUAUUGUCAGUAUUUAAAAGAAUGUUGAUUCAAUCCCACCAUGAACACUGAUAUCACUGUGAGAAAUGAUUUUUGUUGUUAGGUCUGACCGCUGUUUUUAACAAAUUUUUGAGUGCGGAUUCCAAAACUGGUCUCGUUUUUUUCCAACCAUCAUGUCAAGUUUUUGAACUAUAGAUUUUUAAAAUUUUCCAUUUUCUCAACAACAACAAACUUGAAAAUUCGCUCUACUUAAGAGACAUGAGCUUGGUUUGUAAAGCUUUUCAAAGAUUGACAUACAAUGAAAUAUGAAAGAAACAGGCAUGUUUGCAAUGUUUAUUUUGCACUAUGUUUUGCAAAGGAUACAGUAUCGCACAAAUCCUCGUAAUUCUUACCAUGCUAGCUUUCUGCAGAUUUUGAAAAUACUGACCUAAUGCAAGCUGUACACAACUCACUGCACUCACUCCACAAACAAGUUGCCAAAUAGCUGUAAAUGAGUCCAGUCGGAUUCAGAUGACAGCUAAGUAGUGAAUUUUUUUUUCUUAUCUUGAGGGUUAAGUGUGGAGAAAAAUCUUGACGUUCUAGGAAGAAAAAAAAAACUAACUGCAAAUUUGGAAUCAGGAUCCCAAUUUUAGUUGAAAUUCACAUAAAAGUCAAACUUAUUUUGCAAACAUUUCCCUAGUGUAUUGAAGAAAGUUGACUUUUAUUCAAAUGCCAAUUUUAAGAAAAAAGGGAUUUCCUUUUUUUCCCCCUUUUGCUUUUGUGUGCCAUUGGAUUAGCUCUUUUUUUUUUUUAAUGUGUGUUCUCUGAAAAACACUUGCACUUGGACGACCAUUAACAUGACACUGGAGGGCAUCCCUUCAUGAUGAUUGUAAAAAAAAAUGUAAUAAAAUAAAAGUGUAAAAGUGUCAGUUAAAUAGUAGGGCUUCAGGUCAAUCAUGAAAUCUUUGCUGGAACAAACCCAGGAAAUAGUUUAUUCUGGGGGGAAAUUGCAGGACAAUUAUCAAAGAAUCUAAAAGAUUUUAACUAAUGCCAAACAAAGAUUGCUAGUACUGUAGUACUAAAACUUGCUUGAUUGAUACAAUUGUCUGUGGUGCCAUUGAAUUGAAAACUCGAAUGACAUUCAGUAGAACAAAUACCUCAUCUACAGAGAAAAUGAGUUGGAUCAGUACAAAAAGUACACCUUACAACAUUCACUCUAUGGCUUAAUCUUGGCAUUAAGAUUCAUGGAUUUGUACUACCCUUGGAUUUUUAAUGGAACUGAAAAGAAUUUCCUAAUGCGCACAAAAAAGUAUUAACUGCUAUCCACUUCUAUUCAAAUUUUUGUGUUUCAGAAAUCACAUCUUAUGUUUUUGUGUUUCUUAGAAACAGCAUUUAAAUAUAAUAUCCUUUGACUGGAGUACAAAUCGUCCUACAGUUUAUCAGUUGAAAUGCUUUUAAUAAUAACCCAUCUAAUAACAAACUUAAUUUGCAUAAGACUAAUGUGACAGAUUUUUGCUGUGUAUUACACAUAUAACCACAAAUAGAUGCAGCAUUUUUCAUGGUGUGCCAGGAGCAGUUGUAGAUGUUGUCUCAUGCACGAUUUGCACCAGAAUUAAAAAAAAAAAAAACAACAUAAAAAUAAAAAGUCUGAAAUAAAGAACCACGUAUGUCUGUGUAGAUUCACCAUUUAGUCUAUACGGGUCAUUUUAAUACGCAAAGGUUGAAUGAAGGCCACUGGUUUGGUCUAGUUUGUUGAAGACGUUUCAUCUUUAAUCUAAAAGGUUUUUUCACUUAUGAAAUUUUAGGUAUGGAGUCUAUUCAGUGGGUGAUUAGCAAUAGGUUGUUGUUGCCCAAUGUAGUUGGCGUAAUGGCCAUCCUGCAUACCAAUACAUUGUUUGCACAUCUUUUUUUUUUUUUUUUUUUUUUU